AUGAAGAUCUGUUCGAGAAAGUUCAAGAAAUACCGGAUACAGAUGCUGGUGGUGCUAGUGGUGAUGGUGUCGGCCAAUCACGUGAUCCAAGUUUUAGUUGAAGACCACGCCACAGAGUACCAGAAGUUUGGUGAUGAUACAAGAGUUCUGGGACCUUUAACGUUCUGUCAGAGGAGGUCACAAGGUGGCCAGGUUACAGAGAGCUACGACAGGUUGACUGAGAUGAACUCAUCCAGGAAGACAAUGGAUGGACAGGUGUGUCAACAUCCACAGCUGGAUCCAUGUGAUCCACAAGUUCUACCCUUCGAUUACUUUGUCCAUCCUGUCAACUGCUCCAAGGCCGAUGACAACUGGGUCUAUGUAGACAACGGAACUUUCAGAAUUUCCAGGAAAUCUCUGGCCAGGUAUGGCGACAUCACCUGUGAUUACGUGUCUGUGGAGAGAGGUGAGACAGACUUUGACGUCAUGGAGGGCGAGCUGAUAGAAGACAUCAAAGACGGCUCUCCGAUCACGUCAGAUUUCUUUAAGGUAGGUUGUAAAUCUGUAUCCAACCACCGCUAUCAUAACAUCCAUGUGGGCGUGGCUUACAAGGAAUCGCUCCACUCCAGGUUCCGUCGUGCUGACCCAGGGGUCGUAACCAUGGGCUAUGACGUGUUCAUGUUUGGUUUUGACUCCAUGUCUAGAAUGGCCUGGCUGAGAAAUCUGCCCAAAUCCAGAGAGUUCUACACCAGAGAUCUGGAGGGGAUGGAGCUGACAGGCUACAACAUCGUCGGCGACGCAACCAUCAAUAAUCUCCUGCCCCUGUUGACGGGCCAGUCCCUAAAGGACCUGUACUCUGCCAGAUGGGACGACCCCUAUGCCAGCCAUGUGGAUGACUUCCCUUUUAUCUGGAAGAGUUUCAAGUCUGCUGGAUACGUCACGGCCUGGGGAGAGGACAUGGCUUUUCUUGGCACCUUCCAGAAAGAUAUAGAUGAUGAGGUUAACGACUUGACUAUGCGGCUGGUAGGAUUUAACUCUACCCCAACUGACCACUCGAUGCGACCGUACUUCAUAGCAGCAGAGUCGAUGUACAAACAUUUUCUGCCGUACUGUGUUGGGUCGGAGCCACUUCACAUCCGGUUCCUGAACUGGUUUAAGGAUGUUUUCAAGAUGUACGGGAGGAAACCAAAGUUUGUGUUUGGGUUCCAUUCUGAGUUCAGUCAUAAAAACAAUAAUGAAAUGAAGAAGAUGGACGAAGACCUGCUGAAUUUUUUAAAGUACCUGAACACAAGUGGAAUACUAGACCACACCAUCAUGAUCCUGAUGUCAGACCAUGGCACACGCUAUGAAGAAGUUAGAAGAACCCCACAAGGGAAGUUAGAAGAAAGACUGCCAUAUUUUUCUUUCAGAUUCCCACAUUCAUUCUACGAUAAAUAUCCUAAACAAUUUCUAAAUUUCAAAAAUAAUUUACAUAAGCUAGUCACCCCGUUUGACGUUUUAUUCCAGUUCUACCAAGUGACCUUCAGGACCUCGCCAAACGACGGCAUCUACGAGGCGACGGUCAAGCACUUGGUGCCGUCUGAUAGCCUUGUGGUCAGUGACUGGCAGAUUAGCCGGAUUAACCGUUACGGUGAGUCUGCUGAUUGCAUGCAACAAGUCAAACCACAGUUAAGACCAUUUUGUCACUGUACGAAAAGUGGGAUUUGA